AUGCCGUUAUUUCAUUCAAAAUACCAAUACACUCGUUUAAGAGACAAUAUCGCCUCAUCCCUAUGGAAUCCAGGCGAUUCCUCCACAAAAGGCGAUCCACGAAAAAGUGUCAAAUGGAUUGAUGGUUUACGAGGAAUCGCCUCUUUCCUGGUAGUUCUAACCCAUUUAGCUCGCGCAUGGGACUACAAACUCUUCUCCCCAAGGGAUACAGCAGAUACACCACCCCGACUCCUUCAACAACCCAUUUUCCGAAUUCCCUGGCAAGGCCGAAUAGGCGUCACGAUCUUUGCCUUCUUGACCGGUUACGUCUGCGCCUUGAAACCACUCAAACAAUCACGGUCUGGAGAUAAAGGCGCUGCAUUAUUCACGGUUGGGAAGAGUGCAUUUAGACGGCCUCCGCGUCUUAUCUUUCCCGCUACUAUUGCGUUGGUGAUCUCGUGGAUUGUUGCGCAGUUUGGUGGGUUUGUUGUUGCGAAUCGGUCGGAUUGCUGGUGGUGUCGGUAUGCGUCGCCGGAAUUGGAGGAUUCAUUUUGGAAAGAGCUUUUGAGAUUGGGAGGGAACUUCUUGUCGACGUGGACGACGGGUGUUAUGGCUUAUGAUGAUCAUCAGUGGGCUCUUUUGCCGUUGCUUAAGGCUUCAAUGCUGAUUUAUAUAUUGAUUGUUGCGACAAUUUUUGUGCGCUGUCGUUGGAGGAUGAUGAUUUAUGUUGGGAUGAUGCUUUAUUUUCAUCAGGAUGCGGCGAAGAACACUGGUGAGUGCUCAUUCAAACGUUCAAACUUGCGAGGGCGAAUGUGGAAGCUGACGAAAAUCGGUUAUAUAGAAACCUUCCAAAUGCAGGCUGUAUAUGGUAUGCUUCUUAGCGAUCUCUCCUAUAACACAACUCUCAAAAACUGGGUACAAACACAUCGCUACAUUCGCAAACUUAUCACUUUUCCUCUCGCGAUCUUGGGGCUCUUGAUUGCCUCAUACCCAGGCGAACAUCCGGAAUGGGCAACCUGGUCGAACGUCAUGCUCAACGCAGCAACAUACAUCUUCCCUCCUGAUGUCAAUAUCGGCAAACGCUACACAGCCAUUGGAAUCGAUAUGAUCAUCCUGGCAAUAUACCUUUCCCCAUCUACAAAAGACUUCCUGGCAAACCGCGUCCUACUCUGGCUGGGCAAGCAGAGUUUCGCCGUAUACCUCAUCCACGGAACGAUGUUGCGCGUUGUGCUUUGUUGGAUGUUAUAUGGUAUUACUGGACAGCCAUGGAAGGGCCCUGAGCCCGGCACGGAUGAUGUUAGGGAUGACUGGUUACCGUUAAGGUCGCCGUGGGUGGUUGGUGUUAGUAUUCCCGUUUGGAUUGGACUUGUUUAUGCUUGUGCGGCAGCUUGGACGGCGUAUGUGGAUACUUUUUGCGCGAAGAUGACAGCCAAGUUGGAAAAGGCUGUUUUUGUGGAAGAGAGUGAGAAGGAGAGUUUGCCUUUGUCUGCGACUUCCAUUCCCAUGCAAACCGCAUGA